AUGAAGCUACAUGGCUGUUGUAACUCCAUACUCAUGGAAAUGAACAUGUCAGCGGGACAUAAUUCUGUUUUGAGACUGACCGAGAAAGGACACGAGGUGCCCGCUCUACCAUCACCCCGAUCACAUUCAGGAUGGGCAGCAUCUGCAGCUUCCCGAGCCCGCUCACAUCGAACCAAUCGGGCACCAGAGAAUAAUGCCGCAAUCUCUAUACCUGCCGAAAAUACUAAAGGUGAUGAAAUUACCGGUGACAUAAACUAUUUCGGACUCAACAGUCCACCGUUCCAUUUAGAUGAUUUCAUAGGUGAUGAUGAAAUGAUCCAAUACUUUGGAGCAUAG